GUGACAGAGCGAGACUCCAUCUCAAAAAAAAAAAACAAACAACAACAAAAAAACAAGUAACCUUUAUUGAGCACUGACUUUCUGUCAAGCACUGUGCUAAGUGCUUUAAAUGAAUUAACUCAUUCAAACCAUACAAAACCUUAGGAAGGAGGUACUAUUGUCAUCCUCAUUUCAUAGAUGAGGAAUUGAGGAACAGAGAAGUUAAAUAACUUGCCCAAGUCACCUAGCUACCAGGUGGCGAGUCAGAUUCACACCUAGGGAGGUGGCUCCAGAGCCUGUACUCCCAGCCAUGAAUCUUGUAACUGAUAGUUUCCCUCUUGGUGUUGGUGCCUGGAAGUGGCUUGCCAAAUCUGCCAGAGACUUCUCUCCAAGGGACAAGGUUGCAUAGUGUUUACCUUCCUUCCCUACCCUUCAUUUCCCGCCUGCCAGUGGGGCACAGCUGGACUCUCAGCCCAGUGCUUUGAGAGGGGAAAAUGUGUGCCAGCUCUUUAAACACAGGUGUUAAUUGCUGAAAUUCAUCUGUAAUCACAGCACCUUUUCAGAAAGCCCCUAGCAUGCCCAUCUCCAGCAGUUACCUAUUAGAAACUUAGCAUCCACAACAUUAUCUCAGCCUUGCUUGGAUCCUUUUAUAUUUUCAGCAUAGUUGAGUGCUCUCUUGGGCUACUCACUAAUUCAGAAAACAUUCCAAAUUUCACUAUUUCUGCUCUAAUUCGGCGCUUUUCUUCCUCCUUAAAAAUUGGUUAUACUGGAGCUUCAAUUUUGUGUCCAGGUUCAACUUUUGACUCUAUCACAUUCAAAUUGAGAGGCUUUAGAUUAAUUGCUUUCCACUGUAAUCUUCGGUUUCCUAAUCUGUGAGUUUAUCUCAGGGUUUAUUAAGAUCAAAUGAGAUAAAAAUGUGACAGCACCUUGUAAUCUGCUGUUAGGGAUUAUGCUAGAUUUUAUCUUAUGCUCAAUAACUAAACAGUGUAAUCUUUUAGAAAUCUCUACUACAGUGGAGGAUACACCAGUUCUUCAGUGAUUUCCACUGCUCACCUCUGGACCUUCCCCUAUGGGGUUAUGCCAUUUAUGCAUUCAUUUACUCAGCUUGUUUGACAAAAUUUACUGAGCUCCGAUGUGGAUCAGCCACUAUGGUAGGGGCUGGGGAAACAACAUGCAUGGAACCUUGUCCUGUCUUUGGAGAGCCCGCCACUGAGUAGGAGAGACAAUUAGAGAAAGGGGGCUCACAUGCAGCCAGAAGCGAGCCCUUGGAAUUAGGUGCUUAGAAGAGGGGCACUGACCUAGCCUGGUGAGGGGUGGUCUGGAAGCUGCUCAGAGUGGGUGAGAUCUGAGCUGACUCCUGAAGCAGGACAUGGUGGGGGGUGUGCUGAGUAGAUGAGGACAGGAGAGUCCUCUGGUGGGGUCAGGAUGGUGAAGGUGUGGGGAAGGUGUGGUUUGGGAGCAGGAGGAAAUGAGGUUGGCAAAGCAGUCAAGUCUUUGGCAAUCAGAAGCUGGGGAGUGACAGAUUUGGGUUUGGAGAAUAUCAUUUGGGAGUCACAUGGAGGAUGGGCAGGAGGGAAUGAGACUGGAGGCAGGGAGACACUGGGGUGCAGCUUUCUGCACUGAGUUGGUUUCAGUUUGCCUUGUCCCUUUCUGCUCUGGGAGUGGAGGUCAAGAGGCCCAGCCCCCUGCAGCUGAUGGAGCGGUGUCACCGGGCUCUUGCUCCGCGGCUGAGGAGCCCCAUGCUGUUCAGGUUCACGUCCCAGAAGGUAUUCAGCUGGAGCCUCAGACAGAGUUCAGCCCUGGCCUGGCCGCCAGCCGCCAGGAGGAGGGAGGUCUUGGGUUUAGAUGAGGUGCAAAACUGGCUCCCGGGAAGGAGGGCUGAGCAUCGAGAAACCCAGAAAGCUGCCUCACAGAUGGAGACAUGACAGUGGCUUUGUGGUCUCGAAAACCUGGAGUAGACAGCCCCUGUCUUGUCAUUGUUUUCUUGUUAGUCCAGGGCUGCUUCCAGCUUGGAGAUACACAACUCCGAGCCCACCAGAGACACCACAAAACAGAACUUUUCUGCCCUCUGGUGUUAAAAGAAGGAAGAGAUUUUGCUGGGAAGAGAUUUGGGCAUGUGAGUGUGGCACACCUCCUGUUGGAUCAUGGGGCUGAUGUCAAUGCCCAGAACCGGCUGGGGGCCAGUGUGCUCACUGUGGCUUCUCGGGGCGGCCACCUGGGUGUGGUGAAGCUGCUCCUGGAAGCCGGUGCCUUUGUGGACCAUCACCACCCUUCGGGUGAGCAACUGGGGUUGGGCAGCAGCAGGGAUGAGCCCUUGGACAUCACGGCCCUGAUGGCCGCCAUCCAGCACGGGCACGAGGCCGUGGUGCGUCUACUGAUGGAGUGGGGUGCGGACCCCAACCGUGCAGCCCGGACCGUGGGCUGGAGCCCGCUGAUGCUGGCCGCACUCACUGGGUGGCUUGGAGUGGCCCAGCAGCUGGUGGAGAAGGGCGCCAACCCUGACCACCUCAGCGUGCUGGAGAAGACCGCCUUCGAGGUUGCGCUGGACUGCAAGCACAGGGACCUUGUAGACUACCUGGAUCCGCUGACCACCAUCAGGCCCAAAACAGCCUCCUCCCAGUUGCUUAAGAGGGCUCAUCUGGACCAGAGUCAGCCCAGAGUCACAAGUGCCCUCUGGCGGCUGCUCCAUCCCCUGGGAUCAAUUAAAGGCUGCAAAAGGCCUGUCUUCAGCCCCCCAGCAAGCAGAUUGGCCAUGAGGAUGCCUGCUCUGACAGGAACGGAUGAGGAGAAAAGGCGACCUGAUAUUUUCCAUGCAUUGAAAAUGGGAAACUUCCAGCUGGUCAAGGAGAUUGCCGAUGAAGACCCCAGCCACGUGAACUUGGUCAAUGGGGAUGGGGCGACGCCACUGAUGCUAGCAGCUGUUACGGGGCAGCUGGCUCUGGUGCAGCUGCUGGUGGAGAGGCAUGCGGAUAUUGACAAGCAGGACAGCGUACAUGGCUGGACGGCCCUCAUGCAGGCAACCUACCAUGGGAAUAAGGAAAUUGUCAAAUAUCUGCUAAACCAAGGGGCCGAUGUCACUCUUCGUGCAAAAAAUGGAUACACGGCGUUUGACCUGGUGAUGCUGCUGAAUGAUCCCGACACGGAACUUGUUCGACUGCUGGCAUCUGUCUGCAUGCAGGUGAAUAAAGACAAAGGCCGGCCGAGCCACCAGCCGCCCCUGCCCCACUCGAAGGUCCGACAGCCCUGGAGCAUCCCAGUGCUGCCCGAUGACAAGGGUGGGCUGAAGUCCUGGUGGAACCGAAUGUCCAAUCGCUUCCGAAAGCUCAAACUGAUGCAGACGCUGCCCCGUGGGCUGUCCAGCAACCAGCCUUUGCCUUUCUCUGACGAUCCUGAGCCAGCUCUGGACUCCACAAUGAGGGCUGCCCCCCAGGACAAGAUAAGCCGCUCUGCACUCCCUGAUGCAGCCCCUGUGACCAAAGACAAUGGUCCUGGGAGCACAAGAGGAGAAAAGGAAGACACGUUAUUGACAACCAUGCUUCGAAACGGAGCUCCCCUCACCAGACUCCCGAGUGACAAGCUGAAAGCAGUCAUCCCCCCAUUCCUACCCCCUUCCAGUUUUGAGCUGUGGAGCUCUGAUCGGUCCCGGACGCGUCACAACGGGAAGGCAGACCCCAUGAAGACUGUGCUGCCUCAGAGAGCCAGCAGGGGCCACCCUGUGGGCGGCGGGGGCACAGACACUACACCAGUCAGGCCUGUUAAAUUUCCAAGCCUCUCCAGAAGCCCAGCCUCUCCUGCCAAUUCUGGAAACUUCAACCAUUCGCCUCAUUCAUCGGGUGGCUCCAGUGGGGUAGGAGGUGUGAGCCGGCACGGUGGGGAGCUGCUUAACCGUUCAGGUGGCAGCAUAGACAAUGUCUUGUCCCAAAUCGCUGCCCAGAGGAAAAAAGCAGCCGGAUUAUCGGAACAGAAACCCAGCCAUCGGUCAAGCCCUGUGGGGCCAGCACCAGGGUCCAGCCCGUCUGAGCUUCCAGCCUCCCCUGCAGGUGGCAGCGUUCCCGUUGGCAAGCAGAAAUUGGAGACCAGCAAAAGGCCUCCGUCUGGAACUUCCACUACCUCCAAGAGCACCUCUCCAACCCUCACGCCCUCCCCCUCACCCAAAGGGCACACUGCAGAGUCCUCAGUGUCUUCCUCGUCAUCCCAUCGGCAGUCCAAGAGCAGUGGGGGCUCCAGCAGUGGCACCAUCACAGAUGAGGAUGAACUGACUGGAAUCCUUAAGAAAUUAUCACUUGAGAAAUAUCAGCCCAUUUUUGAGGAACAAGAGGUGGACAUGGAAGCGUUCCUCACGCUGACUGACGGUGAUUUGAAGGAGCUGGGAAUUAAGACAGAUGGGUCCAGGCAGCAGAUUCUGGCAGCGAUUUCUGAACUGAAUGCAGGCAAGGGACGCGAGAGACAAAUUUUACAGGAAACCAUUCACAACUUUCACUCUUCCUUUGAGAGCAGUGCCAGCAACACCAGGGCCCCUGGCAACAGCCCCUCCAUGGCUGGGUGGGUGAGGCCAGAAGAAACUGCCUCCGGCAAGAGGUAGCAGCCACUGAGGUGGCUCUGCUGGCAUCGGAGCCCACAGAAGUGAGGAGUGGCUGAUGGACCUGCCCUCCAAAUGUGCGUGACUCUGGGUCUUGCUGUCAUUGGGUUUCCCAGCAUGGCAGACAGAAAGAUAGUUUGGCCAAGUCGUAGAGGCUGAUCCAGCAGGUAAAAAGGGGGCAGGGAACCCAUCUCUUUUGCUCUUGCCUCGGAGCUGCCUGAAGACAUGGGCCAGGCCGGAGGCUGGACAACUUUGGACAGAUACGCUGACCUGUGCUUCCAAGUAAAUGCCUGCUGAAGAGCCCAGGACCCUUCCUGGGAGAAUUCUGCAGCCAGAAUGAAGGUGCCAUCAGCAGGAGGCUGUGAAGCACCAUCCUGUCGCUGUCCUUGUCCGUUCCUAGCAAGUUAACUGUGUCUUGUUAACCAGCAGUUCCUGUUCAACGUGUAAAGAGACCUGAUGUUUUCCCUAAUAAAGCUGAUACCAAAUUUUGCAGGACUGGCCUGCAGAAGGAA